UCAGUCCGUGCAAGUUCGCGCAAGUCUGUGCCUGUGUCAAGGGAUUCAUUAAGAAGAAUAUACGCGGAGAAAAGCUUCGCCCUCUUCGGCAACCGGCUAAAUCGACUAAAUAACUUCCCGAGGUGCAUCGAGGUGGAUUCUCCGCGUUUCGGCCGCAGUCGUCUGCUACGUGCGCCGCGCCGCGCCCGACAUAACCUCACUUCUCGGCCUCGAGGGCCGUUUUCGGGUUUUCUCUCGCUUACGCCGAUCAUGCCAUUUCCGUCUCUUCGUUCCAUCGCUCGGUCCUCGUCGCUCUCUCCGUAUGCGGCCCGAGUUCGGCUCGUUUUUGCCGAUCGUGGGACCUUUAUUUCACCAAUCAUAAGGCCACUUUCUCCGGCGCUUUCGCGAGCCCUCUCACCGCGCUCUCCGCCGCGGCGAUAACCUAAGAUUCCAGUCACGCGGGUUGACGUUUCUAGAGACCUAACCUCGAAUUCGUAUAUCCGUGAAACGACGAAUUGCAGAUAUAAAUUCCGAAUUAUCGCAAUACUUUGAAAAUUGGAUACGGUGCUGGCAAAACUGCGGGCCAAAGUAAGCGCUGACUGCGCUAAACUAACAGAUCAGCGAACCUAACCUCACUCCGACACUUAGCGGCUGUUUUUUAAUGGUGUUUAUGCCGGUGAUGCCAACACGUGUAUGUGAUUUGUGUUAGAAUUCUGACAUUCUCUCGUAAUUUGUGUCUGGACUGCAAAAUCAAAUAUUGAGGCUGGGAUUUAUUUUGCAUUCCGUGUGGGAAGCUAACCCUACUUCGAAUUAAAAUUGAAGAAGGGAAUUGAAGAUUGGUUCAGGUAUCUAUAAACAUAUAAAGGUCAUAAUAAGUGGUGGGUCUCCGCUGCCGAUUAAGUUUACGUUGGUCUGAGAUUUGGUUUUGAAUUCAGGUGCGACGAGAUCAAGAAUCUGGAUUCUGUGUUUCUUCUCAGUUUAUGUUUACAGCGGAGAUGUUAGUGUGAUAUUGGGCAAUGUAAAUUAAGUUAUGGUCGGAGUAUCUAGUGAUAGGUUAGGUUUUUGAGCGUGGCGUUGAUCGCCUAGAAGAGGAGGAUGAGACUCGUCGAUUUAGAGAAGCUUAGCGAGCUUCAGAACGACUCCAGCCGCAUCCGUAAUAUCUGCAUUCUCGCCCAUGUGGACCAUGGCAAGACAACACUGGCAGACUCACUGGUUGCGAGCAAUGGGAUCAUCUCUGGGAAGCUUGCUGGCAAGCUGCGUUACUUAGACAGUAGGCCGGACGAACAGCUACGUGGGAUCACCAUGAAGUCGAGCUCCGUCACUCUCUAUCAUCAGUAUGAAGAUUCAGAGUUUGUAGUGAAUCUUAUAGAUUCUCCUGGCCAUGUUGAUUUUGCCUCCGAGGUGUCUACUGCUGUCAGACUCUGCGACGGCGCGAUCAUUGUUGUCGACGUCGUCGAAGGAGUCUGUCCACAGACACGGAGUGCCUUAGCGAUGUCAUACGUCGAAGACUUGAAGCCCAUUUUAGUAUUGAAUAAAAUCGACAGGCUUAUUACAGAGACCAAGCUCUCACCUUUAGAUGCUUACAUACACUUGACGCAAGUCCUGGAGCAAGUCAAUGCAGUCAUGGGCGAGUUGUUUGCUACGGACGUCAUGGAACGGGAGGAGAAGGAACAGCGGAUCGAAAGAGAGCCGGAGGAUAUCACCGAGAGAGGUUUAUCCGACUGGCAGUCUGUGCUCGAAGAGGCAGACGACUCUAAGUUAUACUUCUCGCCAGAACGAGGGAAUGUCCUGUUCACUAGCGCUGUGGAUGGUUGGGGCUUCGGUGUGAAGGAAUUUGCCAAAAUGUUCUCGCAGAAGUUGGGGUUUAGCGAGAAGGUUCUGCUGAAGACUCUGUGGGGCGACUUUUACUUCAACGGCAAGACUAAAAGGAUCAUGAAAGGAGCUCAGGCUAAAGCCAAGAAGCCAUUGUUUGUGCAGUUGAUUCUGGAUAAUGUCUGGACACUCUACGAGACUGUAGCGAUCAGGAGGGAUAAGGAGCGAAUGCUGUCGAUGAUAGAGAAGCUUAACGUUAAAUUAACUACGAGAGAUUUGAGACACACCGAUCCUAAAGCCCAGCUGCAGGCUAUUUUCACUCAGUGGUUGCCACUAGCUCGAGCUGGUCUCGACAUGGUGUGCGAAAGGAUUCCUGCUCCGAAUGAUUUGACUGAAGAAAAAAUCGAGCGUCUCAUGAGUGGGAACAGCGACUUCGCAGCACUUCCUUCGGAGACUCAGUCUCUAAAAGAUGCUUUCUUGGCCUGCAGCUCCGACUCGGAAGCACCACUUAUAGUGUUCAUAUCGAAGAUGUUUCCAAUAGAGAGGAAGUUACUACCAGAAAAUAAAUUGAAGCCUUUGACUCCGGAGGAAUUGGCCCUGCGGAAAGUGAUAGCUCGUCAGAUGCAUACUUCGAAGCUGAGGGAUCGCUCUCAGGAAUCACGGUCUAGUGAAGAGACAGACGGAGAGUUGGAAAUGUGCGAAGAGAAGCGCGAAGCUGAAGAGGAUUCGGAGAAUGUGUUGAUAGCGUUUGCUAGAGUGUAUUCGGGGACUUUGAGAAAUGGUAGCGAAGUUUAUGUGUUAGGACCGAAGCAUAAUCCGAGAUUGGCUUUGGAGCGUCAGAGGGCAGGCGAAACUGUACAACAUGGAACUCUGUUGAAGGAUUUGAAGCCUGGUUGGUACAUCACUAAGGUUACCAUAGAGAAACUAUAUCUCCUAAUGGGGAGAGAGCUGGAACCGGUAAGCCAAAUGACAGCGGGUAAUAUAGUUGGAAUUGGUGGUUUGGAAGAACAUGUCUUAAAAACUGCUACUCUCUCCUCGACGAUAGCUUGUCCAUCCUUCUCGGAGUUGACAGCUCUCGCUGUGCCCAUUCUGCGGGUGGCUCUGGAACCGAAGCAUCCCACCGAUCUUCAAAGACUCAUCGCAGGCCUCCGAUUACUCAACCAAGCGGAUGCUUGUGCAGUGGUUCACAUUCAAGAGACCGGAGAGAUUGUGCUCGACACUGCUGGCGAAGUACACUUGGAAAGGUGUCUCGAGGACCUUCGAUUGAGGUAUGCCAAGAUCGACAUCAAUGUCUCGGAGCCAAUCGUCUCGUUUAGAGAGACUAUAGUUUCUCAACCAAAGACCGAUAUGGUCAACGAGGCUAUUGAAAAGAAGGCAGAGGAGGCCAACCUCGAGACUUGGACCACCAAUGGCCUGUGCGUUUUUGUAAUCGAUGCGAAGCCUCUUCCAGAGAGUGUUACAAAGAUCCUGGAUAAGAGUUCUGAGUUGAUUAAAUUGUUGGAUCAAUCUUAUAAGCACAAGGAGGAAUCGAGUCAAGGAGCACCAGACAUUUCCAAAUUAUCCCUGGAAGAAGCGGCAUUGACGGAUAAAAAGCAAAAAGCAAUCGAGAGUUUGAAGACGGACCUGAAGAAUGCCUUCGAAGAGGCAGGCUGGGGAAACGUGCUGGAGAAAAUCUGGUCCUUCGGACCUCGUAAGUGUGGACCCAACAUUCUGCUCAACGAGACCGACUACAAGCGAAAUCUUUUCUGGGAAAGGCCUACAAAGUCUUCGGAUCCUCGAUUGUUAUAUGACAACAACAUGAUCAAUGGUUUCCAAUUGGCUACGCUAGCUGGUCCAUUGUGUGAGGAGCCGAUGAUGGGAGUCUGUUUCCUAGUGAAGUCUUGGAAAAUCAUCGAAGACCCUAAUAGCGAAGGAACAAUCCAAACCCAGAGUCACUUCGGUGGUCAACUUAUGUCAGCGUGCAAGGAAGCUUGUCGUCGUGCAUUCAGUCUGCGAAGACCUCGACUUGUCACUCCGAUGUACUCCUGCAGCGUUCUGGUAACCUCAGAUGCCCUCGGUAAGUCGCAGACGCCCCUCAGGGAAGACCAGUGAGUAAAAUAUAAUAUAAUUACAUCAAAUUAAGGGGAUGUGAAAGUGGCAUCCGAAAGC